AUGAAUGCAUCAUCAGAAAACUACUGCCAAAAUAUAAUUAAUACUGAUAAUACUGAAAAAUGCGAGUUUUUGGAUUAUCAUGAUGCUAAAGGUGAUUCUACAACACAAUCAGAAUAUUUACAUAAUAAUCAAGGAGUAGAAAACAGAUCAGCAGACACACCACCAAUAAAGAAAAGAUGUUUAAAAGACGAAGAAAUACACAUCAUUGAAAAGUAUAAUUUAAUUGCUUCCAUUUCAGCCAUAGAGCUGAUGAAUGUUAGUAAUAAAGUUGAAAAAAUGAAAUGCCUAAAUGAAAAUUGUGACCAGCAGUUGAAAUGUGAUAGCUUAUGGAUCAAAGAACAAGACUCGGGAUAUAAUAAUACGAAUACUUAUCUUUAA